GUACACUCUACUGUCCUUGUCCACCGUGAUGACCGAGUACCUAUGUGAUAUAAUAUCUGAGAGGCAUUCAGCCUCUUGUGGAUACCAUCGUGCGAUUUUUAGAAACUGAAAAGUCACAUUGUAGGGAGAAGAGGGGCGUAUCGACGCUGAUGGUGGACCACGGUCAUCCACCGUGACGAUUUCACUGAUGGUGAAUGUGUCCUAAUCGGAAUCGGUCAAACAUGUAUCAAGGACUUUCCGGCAAUAGAAUCGUCAGAAGCGUUGAAUGUAUUACUCUUUGUUUAGGACAAAGCCAUUGUAUCCAAGUAUCGACUAGGAAGGAUGAACGCUAUACUCUACAACUUCAAGAUGUUCCUCAUAAUGUGCCACACCAUCAUAUCCUCAAUAUCCGUGCACGCAUACUCUAUGCUUCUGCCAUCCCCGAAAGUCAUACUCCCUCUAGGCUCUCGGUAAACACGAUCCUGUCCAAACACCCCAAGCAGCCCACCGAUCUCAGCCGUAUUGUCUCGUGGUCUACCCAGUCAUCGACCUUUAAAAUUCUCCUGCCAGUACCUUCUAACUCAAAAGGAUUUUUGACCGCGUUCAGUCUACUGCAUCACCAAAAGUGUCUGAACCUGGUCAGGCCACGACCAGCCCUUACCGACAAACACCUACACCUGCCUCAAAUGACAAGGACUAACCUCCCUGGUGGGUCUGACCUACCUCGAUCAAGGAGUGAUUUUUGCGACCAGGCCCUGGUCAUGACUUCGCCUCUCCUUGGCCAGCCCUUGCAAGAACGGCCUCGCAAGGUGACCCUGGUCAUGCAAGGUGGCCAUUGCCUGUGGUGGUACGUGUGGGUAGACUUUGUAGCUAUAGGUCAGGCUGUUAUUGAAUGCUAAAUCCACAUAUAUUACAAAGCAUGUGUUCAUUUAACUUCUAUCGAGUACAAAUCUGAACUACCCAACGAUGCAUGGACGCAAUAAACCCCGUUACGGAAGCUAGCCAUAUUUAUAUUAUUGCGGCGUUCAGGGUUUCCUUCGACAGAUUCUGCAGCUCAACCUGCUCAACGAGACCGGGACCUUGAACGAUGUUGAAAUGAAGAGUUGCAGUUGUCCUUGGGUAGUCGGACGAGCGAAAGCAUUAUUACAACAAUGUUGAAGCAAACGACAUUGAGGAAGAACAAUAAUGUGAGCAAAAAGCGGAAAAGACUUGACGCUUACUGCUUCGCCACCCCAUCUUCUCCCUAGAACAUUACGGCU